AGUCAAGAAUCAAAAUCCUGAUUAAUUAUACAAGAGCAUGAAUCGUCUCUUGAAGUUGACAAGAGAAUUAAAACAAGGGCAUGAUUAGAUACUCCCGUUGUUGUAAAACGUUGUCAACCCAAUUCACAUCCACCACUUUUAUUCACUGUUCACAGUAUGGGUUCUCAAACCAAGCUCUCCAAAUCACCGAACAACACAAACCCACUGUUUUCACAAGCCAUAACACAGCAUCAGAGUUCAAUUCUCAUGCAUACGCAAUUAAGCUCCAGAAUUGCGUGAAAAAUGGCGAACCCACCUCAGGAAAAGCCCUCCACUGUGAUAUUCUAAAGAGAGGUAGUGGUUUGGACUUGUUUGCAUGGAAUGUACUAUUGAACGUGUAUGUAAAAACAGACUUAUUGUCUGAUGCACGCAAGUUGUUUGAUGAAAUGCCCGAAAGAAACACCGUUUCUUAUGUUACCUUGAUUCAGGGGUGUGCAGAGUCUCUUAGCUAUCUUGAGGCCAUUGAUUUGUUUGUUAGAUUACAAAGGGAAGGUCUUGAACUUAACCCAUUUGUUUUUACUUCGAUUUUGAAGUUGCUUGUGAGUGUGGAAUCGGCAGAGUUGGGUGGGAGUGUCCACGCGUGCUUGUAUAAGCUAGGUCACGGGUCCAAUGCAUUUGUGGGCACUUCUCUGAUCGACGCGUAUUCUGCUUGUGGCCUUGUUGAUGAUGCUAGAGAAGCAUUUGGUGAUAUUAUUUGCAAGGACAUGGUUUCUUGGACUGGGAUGGUGACAUGCUAUGUAGAGAAUGGUUUUUUCAAAGAGUCGUUAGAACUGUUUUCUCAUAUGAGGAUGGUGGGGUUAAGGCCGAAUAAUUUUACGCUUGGGAGUGUGUUUAAGGCGUCUCUUGGACUAGAGGCCAUUGAUUUAGGGAGGAGUGUUCAUGCUUGUGUUUUGAAAAUGCGUUAUGAGAUGGAUCCUUAUGUUGGUGCUGCUCUUCUUGACUUGUAUACUAAAUUUGGAGAUCUUGAGGAUGCUAAGCUUGUAUUUGAAGAAAUUCCGAAAUGUGAUGUCAUUCCUUGGAGUUUCAUGAUUGCGCGAUACGCUCAGAGCGAGAGGAGCAAAGAGGCUGUUGAACUAUUUUUUCAAAUGAGGCGAAGUUUAGUCCUUCCGAAUCAAUUUACUUUUGCUAGCGUGCUUCAAGCUUGUGGAAAUACGGCAGAUUUAGAGUUGGGAAAGCAAAUCCAUUGCAAUGUAUUGAAGGUUGGUUUUGACUCGAAUGUAUUUGUAUCAAAUGCCCUUAUUGAUGUUUAUUCCAAAUGUGGAAAGAUGGAUAACUCAGUGGACCUAUUUGUGGAGUCGACAAACAGAAAUGAGGUGACUUGGAACACUUUGAUUGUUGGCUAUGUGCAAUUAGGAGAUGCAAAGAAAGCAUUGAACUUGUUUCUACAAAUGCGUGAAGACAACGUGCAGGGAACCGAGGUGACAUACACUAGUGUCCUUUGUGCUUGUGCUAGCUUAGCAGCCUUAGAGCCUGGAACCAAAAUUCAUUCCUUGACUAUUAAAACCAUUUAUGACAAAGUUAUAACAGUUGGAAAUGCCUUAAUAGACAUGUAUGCCAAGUGUGGGAGCAUUAAGGAUGCUCGUGAAGUGUUUGAAAUGAUGAGCAACCGAGAUGUAGUAUCAUGGAAUGCAAUGAUCUCAGGGUAUUCCAUGCAUGGUCUCAGUAGUGAGGCUCUGAGGAUCUUUGAGUAUAUGCAGAAAACAAAAACUAAAGCUGACAAAGUGACGUUUGUUGGCGUUCUUUCAGCUUGUAGCAACACGGGCGUAUUAGACAAAGGUCAAGCUUAUUUCGCUUCCAUGGUGAAUGACUAUCAUAUCAAUCCUUGUAUUGAGCAUUAUACUUGCAUGGUAGGACUUUUAGGGCGAUUAGGCCAUCUUGACAGGGCUGUUAAGCUGAUUGAGGAAAUGCCAUUUGAGCCUUCUGUUGUGAUUUGGCGUGCUUUGCUCAUGGCAUGCAUUGUUCACAAUAAUAUUGACCUUGGAAAAAUAGCUGCGCUUCAUGUGCUUGAAUUGGAACCCAGUGAUGAUGCAACCUAUGUGUUACUCUCAAAUAUGUAUGCUGCCGCACAAAGGUGGGAUAAUGUAGCUUCUAUUAGGAAUAACAUGAAGAAGAAAGGAGUAAGGAAAGAACCAGGCCUCAGUUGGAUUGAGAAUCAAGGAACUGUUCAUCAUUUCGUAGUAGGGGAUGCUUCACACCCUGACAUUAGAUUAAUACGCGGGAUGCUGGAGUGGCUCAACAUGAAAACCAAGAUGGCAGGCUAUGUUCCCAAUUAUGAGGUACUAUUACAAGAUGUGGGGGAUGAUGAAAAGGCACGCCUCUUGUGGGCGCACAGUGAAAGAUUAGCUCUAGCCUUUGGGCUUAUUAGGACACCAUUUGGAAGUCCUAUUCGUAUCAUGAAAAAUCUCCGAAUAUGUCAGGACUGCCAUGCUGCAAUUAAGUGCAUAUCAACAGUUGUGCAGCGAGAGAUUGUUAUCAGAGACGUUAAUCGGUUUCAUCACUUCCGACAUGGAACUUGCUCUUGUAAUGAUUACUGGUGAUACACUUUAACGAUGCGUCAUGGUGGGGGAUAGAAUUAUCCAUCUUUCAAGAAAUUUGAAGUUGCACAAGGUUGUUUAUUGGGGCUGGUGUGGAACUUGCUUUAUUUGAGAUAAAAGAAAAAGGGACCAAACUAUCUACCAAUAAGCACCGACUACGAGGGCCGCUUCCUGCUAAAGCUAUGGUUCUGUUUGUAUGUUGAUAUUAGCCACUCUCUGGUUCCAAUCAAUGGUGACAAACUUCUAAUAAGCUUCGAUCUCUUGAAGUCAGCACUUGGCGGUUCAUUUCUGCGUUGCAAGAUUGGUAUCCAAAUGAGACCUUUAAGAACCAGACUAGCUGUUGGACGAUCAUCUUAGGCAUUCAAUCUCACUCCAAUGACCUUGAACAAGUAUAUGAUAUCAGAAAACACAACCUCUGCUUUUCUGUAGUCUCUCUCCCUUGAACAUGAGCUUCCCAUCUGAUAUCAUGUCGGGUUUGUCUCCAACAAUCUUAGUAUGGCUCCUCUUGAGAUGAUUAAAACUGCAACUUAAGUGCACGAAGCUGAAAUUUCUAGGGCAAUCGCACAUGCUAUUCGGGAAGUUAAAUAAACAAAAAUGCCAGUGAUUUUACCUAGGAGAAAUAUGACACACCAUGAUGGCUGCAGCCUUCAUGUUGAGUUUGAGUGUCUUUGAAUUGUCAUGGCAUUAUAUUUCCUUUCAGCUUAAUCUACAACUUCAUAAUUCUUAUGUUGAGUGUAUGAUCCUCUAAAUGAGCAAGGUUUGAUGGAGCCGAGGAAACUGGCUAUUGAGCAUAGAGCCAUACUCCAUAGACUCUGGGAAGCCUCUCACAAAGAAACUGAACAGGACUCUUCUACUUCUGCUGCACGGAAACAUGCCACACGGUUGAAAUUUCCCACUUCGUAGUUACUGCCUCUGGUGUUUGUAUCGUCGUACUUAUUGUAACUCGAAUCUCUUGUUUCCAUCACGCGAAUGACCUUUAUUGAGUUAAGGACAGUGGACACGAAAACUAUGAGUUAAAUUUUUAUGAGAUGCCGCAUUUCUUCAA